GUUCAAAAAUUAAAUACAUUUUUUUAUUUAAAAAAAUUAAUCUAAAAUGUUAGUAAAUUUAAUAUAAUUUUUUGCCAGUAAAAUACAUCCAUUUUGACUUGAGAUUUACGCAACAAUCGAAACCGUAUUUAAUUCAUCAAUCAUUCCAUUUAAAAACACUGUAAUAUGUUUGGUUGAGGUAUGUGCGUGUUUUGAAUUGCUUAGUCGUGUUACAAAUAAUAAUAAUAAUAAACAUAAAAAAAAAAGUGCAAAAUUCGUGAAACGUGUAUUGAAACAAAAAUCAUGAGCAAUCUAACGGUCUGGGAUAUGCUAAAAUAUACAUUUAAGGCUUUGAAUUACAAAUUGCAACAGCAUCGUCUGAACACUGGCGCUACAGUCGUUUUAAAGACUCUUACAGGUCCAGUGAAGGGUGCUAAACGUUUAACGGUAUGGGGUAAAAGCUAUUACAGUUUUGAAGGCAUACCCUUUGCCGAACCGCCAGUGGGUGAUUUACGUUUUCGUGCACCGGUACCCGUGAAACCCUGGUUAGAUAUAUUAGAUUGCACUGGCCCGGCAGCAGUGCCAAUGCAAGCUAAUAUGUUCUUUCAGAAGCACAAAGGCUCCGAAGAUUGUUUAUACUUAAAUAUCUUUACAAACGAGAUUGCCGUACCGUAUUCGAAACGUCCUGUCAUGGUUUGGAUAUUUGGAGGAGGAUUUCAAAUUGGCGAAGCUACCCGCGAUAUGUACAGUCCCGAUUAUUUUAUGUCAAGAGAUGUGGUUUUAGUUACUAUCGCGUAUCGUUUGGGUCCUUUCGGUUUUCUUAGUUUAGAUGAUCCCGCUGUUCAGGUACCAGGCAAUGCUGGUCUUAAAGAUCAAAUUAUGGCCUUAAAAUGGAUACAAGACAAUAUCUCUUGCUUUGGUGGGGAUCCGAAUAAUGUAACACUUUUUGGUGAAAGUGCUGGCGGUUCUUCAACUCACUUGUGCAUGUUAAGCGAUGCGGCGCAAGGUUUAAUACAUAAAGCUAUUAUUAUGUCGGGCAGCGUUUUAUGUCCAUGGACUUUAUCACCGCCAAAUCAAUGGGCUUUUCGUUUGGCUAUAGCUUUGGGAUACAAAGGCGAAGAGAAGUCUCAUAAAAUUUAUAAAUUUUUACAAACAAUUCCAGCAGCCACUAUACAAGAAGCAGUGCCCUCCGUUGUGCGUAAAGAAGAAAAACAUAAUCGUAUAUUAAUGGCUUUUGGACCUGUCGUUGAACCUUAUUGUAGCGUUGGCAGUAUCUUAACAGAGGAUCCAAAAGAUAUGUUGAGCAAAACUUGGAGCAAUAACGAUGUACCUUUAUUGAUAGGUGGCACUAGCUUUGAAGGCCUACUGUUUUAUCCAGAAGUAAUGAGGCGCAAAGCUACCUUAGAUGAAGUGGGCAAUUGUGAGAAUCUCUUACCUUUAGAUCUACAAGUGGAACGUAAAUCAAAGAGUUCUUUAGAAAUGGCUGGUAUAUUGAAAACAACAUACUUCGGUAACGAAGAUUGUAACCUGAAGAAUGUUAUGAAAUUUUUGGAGUUGGAAUCCUAUAGAGAAUUUUGGCAUCCGAUUUACCGGACAUGUCGAUCUCGAAUCAAAAAUGCUAAAGCUUCAACAUAUUUGUAUCGUUUUGAUUAUGAUUCACCGGACGCUAAUGCCAUGCGUAAUUUCUUUUGUGGGCCGGAGAUAAGAGGCACCUGUCAUGGCGAUGAUCUCUGUUAUUUAUUCCGUUUUCUACUCUUAAAUAAACUCAAUGAAAAUUCACCCGAAUUUCAUAUUUCGCAGACAAUGAUCGAUAUAUGGACCAGCUUUGCAACCAACGGUGAUCCUAAUUGUCCAUCGUUGAAGCAAGUGAAAUUUGAACCUCUAGCGCAGGAGGAUGAUAUGAAAUGUUUGAAUAUUUCCAAUAAAAUUGAAUACAUUCCGUUGCCAGAAUUGGAAAAAAUGCACGUAUGGAAUAGCUUUUAUACAAAAGGCAAACUAUGAAUACAAUCCGCUAAAGCUACCUCACAGAUAUAUUUAUAUAUAUUUUUAUACAUAUAAUGUUAAUAGUUA